AUGCGGCCCCAAAACAAUUUCAUUCUUGCCGCCGUUUUGGCUGCCAGCCACACAGCAGCCAUCACCCAAAUCACUAAUGACGAGAUGGACCUUUUUCUUAGCCAGGGAGGCGUGGAGCUUGCGGAUCGUUAUGCUCCCAUGUGGUUUUUUGGGCAGGCACUUAACCAACCACCCUGUUACCCAACGUGGGCCUUUGGGGGCUCUCCUACGACAAAUGAUGUGUAUGAUAUCAACCAUAAGACCCCGGCCGCGGCACAGUGUGAGUAUCCGGACGUCGGAUGCGGAUGCCGCAAGCCGGGAGUGCCCAUCAAUAACGCGGCACCGGAUUUCCCCAUCUACUAUACCUUCAAGAGGUGCAAUGAUAACGAAGUGCGAGUGGCAUAUAACCUCUUUUAUGAGAAGGACGGUGCCAAAGUCAUCGGGGUUAUUGACACCGGUCAUGACUACGAUUGGGAAAGAGUGAUCAUUAUCCACUCCCGGGGCGACAACAACAUGUGGGGGCCGUCGCGGGCCCUACUAUCCUCCCAUAGCGGCUAUCACAAUCUAGCCUGGGGAGACAUUCAGAACACCCUCACCACGGAGGAGAUCCAGGCUGGCAAGGCCAAUAACCCCAAUGGAGUCCGUAAUAAUGAUCACCCCAAGGUUUAUAUCUCUUGGUCAAAACACGCUCACUUCGAUACGCGCAAUACUGGCUGGGUUGAUCCGAUCAGUCAAUCGACGGAUAAUGCAUUUCGGAGCAACGAUUGGUGGCAUUAUGUCGGCAAGAAAAACUAUAUUUCUUCAGAGAAUUCUACCGAUGCCGGUAAAGCUCUGGGAGGUGUUAACUGGGGUAGUGCGACCAGUAACCCACCUUACGUGCAGGAAACUAUUUGCACUGCAGAAAAUUCCUGA